UUGGUGAUUCGCGCAAUGCUGAGAAUGCACCAAUAAGACUCCUAGAAGUAUCACUGACGUCACAAACUCUUUAAUAAUUACCAAUGAAAUGCCGAAAAGCUCCACUGAAAUUAUCAAUUAAUGUUGUACCGAACAGCUUCAGUUACAACACGGUAUAUAGCACUGUAUUGGUAUGUAGUUACAUGACGAGCGGCAAGUCCACAUCAGGAUUCCAAGCUGCUGCGCGCCCUAACUCUUCAACAACAACAACCCAUCAGGAUUCUUACAGAUAGGCCAGGCAUUUUUCAUAGGCAGGUUCUGCCAGGAGGGUAGCAAUGUCGGCUGAUGAGGCCCGUCUGCCGGAGGCCGAGCGGCUGGCGGCGCUGGAGCGCGAGCUGACGGCGCUGCACGAGCUGUGCCGCCGCUCGGAGCUGCCGCACGACCAAGUGAGCCGCGCACUGAGGCCGCUCGUCUCGGCUGUCGACUGGUCCACGGGCAUCAACAGGGCUCGGUACGUGGGGCGCGUGGUUGGCGUACUGCUGGUGCUCUGUGCCGCGCUGUACCUGAUCGGCUCCGCCAAACCCGUGCAGCAGGCGGCACACUUCUACACGCGCGUCGCACUGGUCAAGAUUCUGCCGUACUGGGACUGGACCGGCCUGUACACUAUGACGUGUCUGGUGGAGAAUCCCCUGUACGAGGAGACGGACCGCCCGGUCAGAACCGAGGACUCCUGUCAGUUAUGCGAGUCUCUGGACGAGCUGGAGCGCGUGUCGAACGUCAGCGCCGCUGUCGUCACGGACAACUACCUGCGCCUGGACCGGCCGGUGGUGGUGACGGACGGAACACGCGACUGGCCGGCCCUCGAGGACGGCGUGUUUGACCGUCACCGGCUCGUCAAGAUGUUCAAAGACAGAGGACUGGCCGAGAGUCGGCCCUGUGAGCUGCUCACCAAUCUGAAGGCCCGCGACGACAUGCAGCUGCUGCUGGACAAAAUGAGCAACCCCGUCAUCAAGAAGUGGUUCGCCCAUUGGGAGAACUGUGACAAGAUGGCUGCCAAGGUGCUCCGUACGCUGUACCGUCGGCCGUACUUUCUGCCGGCAAUGGUGGAUACCACCGACUCCAACUGGGUGCUAGUCUCCUCAAACUACACGGGAAAUGUCUACAAAAUGCUUCCCGUGGUGAACGACAUGGUGUGGAUGGCGCAGCUGCAGGGCACCACAGGGGUGCGCCUGACGCCGCGCUCUCCGUGCACCAGCCUCUGUCCCGAGAUUGUGGACACACUGCACGAGGGCGAGAUCUUGAUGUUUACCGACUUUCUCUGGAUGCUGGAGUACUUACCGGGAUAUGGCACGGACAACGUGGCGGUGGGCGCCGGAGGCUACUGGGAGUGACCUCUGCGCUGACCUCUGGUGACCGGAGGUUACUCAUGGAAGUGACAUGUGCGCUGACCUCCGGUGGCUCCGCCCCGCUCGGCCGAACGAAGAGACCGCCGCCCACUGGACGGAGGAGGGCCCGACUACUGCAGCUUUGUGUAUUCGUGCAAUCGUGUUUGUGGCUUGUUUGUGUGGCGCUGGUGGCUGGUUUCAUUGGUAUGGUGCAUGGUGGCAGCGGCAGAGAUGUGCAGGCACAUAGACGUGUGGCACUGCCUAAACUGCUGAUUUAAUGAGCUUCAUAUGUGCUCCGGCACAUAUUCCAUUUUGCUUAGCAAUGAUGGCUAAUAAAAUUUGUUGCAAUGCGACGUUGUUGCAUCUUGGAAAUAAAUGUAAGCAUAUCACACCA